AUGACUACUCAAACUCCAGCCGAGAAGAAAGAAGCACCAAGGCCUCAUGUGUGUCCCGUUUGUAAGAGAGCAUUUCACAGAUUAGAACAUCAAACAAGACAUAUGAGGACGCAUACAGGUGAGAAACCACACGCUUGUGAUUUUCCUGGUUGUACAAAGAAGUUUAGUAGAAGUGACGAACUAACUAGACAUAAGAGAAUACAUACGAAUCCACAGCCUAGAGGUAAACGUGGUAGAAAGAAGAAAGUUGUUGCUCCUGUGAUUGAAGCAGAACCUGUAAGUUUUGAAACAGGGGGUCCUGACUCAAUGGGAAUCACUAUGGGAGUACCAAUAUCAAUGCCAAUGAUGACACCUAUACCAAGAAAUACUUCUAGUAGUUCCUUACAUUCAGUAAGUUCAUUCACUGCACUUAACGGUUUACAAGUAUUACAACCGUUACAACCAUUACAAUCACAACAACCUCAAGGGUUAAUUAGUAAACCUACAAUAGUGAGAAACUCUUCUACACACUCAUUAACCCAAAUGAAUAAUAAUAAUAGUAAUAAUAAUGCGGGAUCUUCCGGGGGUCUAUUGUCUAGUAACAGUAACAAUGGAAGUAGAAUCCGUUUAAGUGCAUUAUCCUCUUUACAAAUGAUGACGCCAUUAGGUAAUGCAAAACCUCGUACACAUGGAUUUAUGGAUACACCGGAGAAUAAUGGUCCAGAACUAACAAGACCUCGCUCCUUAACUGAUGUUGCUAAUAUGAAUAGCAUAUCGAAUUCUGGUAUUCCUUUACCAAGAUUACAAACACCUAUCGCUAAUAGUAGUGCAUCUGUAAUAUCUGGUGUUGUAAUGAAUAGACCAGGGUCUGCAUUAAGUCUUAAUGAAAUGUUAACCAAGACUACAAGUAGUUCAGAAUCUGAGACCGAAGCAGAUGGAUCUGUAUUAGAGAUAAACAGGCAUGCGGGACGUAGGAGACAUCAACGCCAACAAAGUUCUAAUGCAGUAACUCCUACCACAAUGAGUAGGUCUGAUAGUGGUUCAAAUUUACAACAAAGCAUGCUUUUAAAUGGUGUCACUCCCCAGACUAUGAAUGGAUCUCACAUGUCGCCUGCAUUCGCUGAUGAUUUAAGAUAUAAAUUGAAUUCUGUUCAAAAUUCUCAACAACAACACAAUGCAAAUAACAACAAUAGUACAAGCUAUACUGAACCAUCAGUAUUGAGUUCACCACCUUCAUAUGCUGCAAGAAAUGAUUUCUCGUCACAUAAUGCUGGUCAAAUACCAAUUAUAAACUCUUCACCAACAUCAAUCGUGUCACCUCAAUUGUUACCCCAACAAUUUCUAGGAACACCACACGUUGCACAACUACCUCCUCAGCAGUUAUACAAUCCAUCCACAUCCACAACUGUGAACACUUUACAACAACAACAACAAGAAGGAACACAGAGUGGUUUACCACCUAUCAGAAGUUUACAACUUCAAUUUCCUACAGAUUAA